GCGAAGUUGUCCACCAACCCCUCUCAGCAAUUUGUCCCGCUCCAAUUAAGCGGGGAAAACCUCCUCCCCCACCGCCACCCACUUAUUUUGUUUGGUAGUUUAAUUCAAUAGACGUUGGUUUAGGAAUGGGGAAGCCGGGAGGAGAUGCAAAAACGUCCUGUUUUUCAGGAAUUUACAAUCUAAGUGGCAGUUCCGUUCCCGGAACCUAUCGUCUUUCGCAGACGCCGUUCUAGCUGUUCCAAAGAUUGCUGGUUUUGAAAACACUCAGUCCCUCCCACCACGCUGUCCGCUGCUGCGCUCCACUCUGGGGAUUACGGCGCAGGGGCGGAACCUCGCUGACUUCUGCCCCGGAAGUUUUUCUCUCAGUGGAAGCGUGCACGUUGAGUCGGCUUUCCUACUGCUUCGGCCAGGCUGCCUUGGGAUCAUGUCUUCCAAGAAGAACAGAAGGCGGCUGAACCAAAGCGCGGAAAAUGGUUCGCCCUUGCCCUCUGCUGCUUCCUCUUGUGCGGUGGCACGGGUUCCUUCUGCUGGAUCAGAUUUAGCGGCAGCCGCCGGGACUCUGACGGUGACCAACUUCUUAGAAAAGGUAGAUGACAGAAUUCCUAAAACAUUCCAGAAUUCCCUUAUUCAUCUUGGACUCAACACUAUGAAGUCUGCAAAGAUAUGUAUAGGUCGACCAGUGUUGCUUACUAGUUUGAACGGAAAGCAAGAGGUCUAUACAGCGUGGCCUGUGGCAGGAUUUCCUGGAGGCAAGGUUGGCCUGAGUGAAAUGGCACAGAAGAAUGUGGGUGUGAGGCCUGGUGAUGCCAUCCAAGUCCAGCCUCUUGUGGGUGCUGUGCUACAGGCUGAGGAAAUGGAUGUGGCCCUGAGUGACAAAGAUCUGGAAAUUAAUGAAGAAGAACUGACUGGUUGUAUUCUGAGAAAACUAGAUGGCAAGAUCGUUUUACCAGGCAACUUUCUGUAUUGUACAUUCUAUGGACGACCGUACAAGCUGCAAGUACUGCGAGUGAAAGGGGCAGAUGGCAUGACGUUGGGAGGACCUCAGAGUGACUCUGACACUGAUGCCCAAAGAAUGGCCUUUGAACAGUCCAGCAUGGAAACCAGUAGCCUGGAGUUAUCCUUACAGCUAAGCCAGUUAGAUCUGGAGGAUACCCGGAUCCCAACAUCAGGAAGUACUCCUUGUAAACCAGUUGAUGACAGAAUUACAAAUAAAGCCAGUGAUGUUUUGUUGGAUGUUACACAGAGCCCUGGAGAUGGCAGUGGACUUAUGCUAGAGGAAGUCGCAGGUCUUAAAUGUAGUUUUGAAUCUGCCAGAGAAGGAAAUGAGCAACUUGCCGAAGAAGAGGGACUGCUAAAGUUCAGCAUAGGAGCAAAGUGCAAUACUGAUACUUUUUAUUUUAUUUCUUCAACGACAAGAAUCAAUUUUACAGAGAUUGAUAAAAAUUCAAAAGAGCAAGACAACCAAUUCAAAGUAACUUAUGACAUGAUAGGAGGCUUAAGUAGUCAGCUGAAAGCAAUUAGAGAGAUAAUUGAAUUGCCCCUCAAACAACCUGAGCUUUUCAAGAGUUAUGGAAUUCCUGCCCCUAGAGGAGUGUUACUUUAUGGUCCUCCAGGUACUGGAAAAACAAUGAUCGCCAGGGCUGUUGCUAAUGAAGUUGGAGCCUAUGUUUCUGUAAUUAAUGGUCCUGAAAUUAUAAGCAAAUUCUAUGGUGAGACUGAAGCAAAGUUACGUCAGAUAUUUGCUGAAGCCACUCUACGACACCCAUCAAUUAUUUUUAUUGAUGAGCUGGAUGCACUUUGUCCGAAAAGAGAGGGGGCCCAGAAUGAAGUGGAAAAAAGAGUUGUGGCUUCACUCUUAACACUGAUGGAUGGCAUUGGUUCAGAAGUAAGUGAAGGACAAGUGUUGGUUCUUGGGGCCACAAAUCGCCCUCAUGCCUUGGAUGCUGCUCUCCGAAGACCUGGGCGAUUUGAUAAAGAGAUUGAGAUUGGAGUUCCCAAUGCUCAGGACCGGCUAGAUAUUCUCCAGAAACUGCUUCGAAGGGUACCCCAUUUGCUCACUGAGGCUGAGCUGCUGCAGCUGGCACAUAGUGCUCAUGGAUACGUUGGAGCAGACUUGAAAAUCUUGUGUAAUGAAGCGGGUCUCUGUGCCUUGCGGAGAAUCCUGAAAACACAGCCUAACCUCCCUGAUGUCAAGGUGGCUGGACUGGUGAAGAUUACUCUGAAUGAUUUCUUGCAGGCAAUGAAUGACAUCAGACCCAGUGCCAUGAGGGAAAUAGCAAUUGAUGUCCCAAAUGUAUCCUGGUCAGAUAUAGGAGGACUGGAAAACAUCAAACUGAAGUUGAAACAGGCUGUGGAAUGGCCCUUAAAACAUCCAGAGUCUUUCAUUCGAAUGGGUAUUCAGCCACCUAAAGGAGUUCUUCUGUAUGGGCCACCUGGGUGCUCUAAAACAAUGAUAGCAAAAGCUUUGGCCAAUGAGAGUGGACUGAAUUUUCUAGCUAUAAAGGGACCUGAAUUAAUGAAUAAAUAUGUUGGUGAAUCUGAAAGAGCAGUUAGAGAGACCUUCCGAAAAGCAAGAGCAGUGGCGCCUUCCAUUAUUUUCUUUGAUGAAUUGGAUGCCUUAGCAGUUGAAAGGGGCAGUUCUUUAGGUGCUGGGAAUGUGGCUGAUCGUGUUUUGGCUCAGCUCUUAACAGAAAUGGAUGGGAUUGAACAGCUAAAGGAUGUGACCAUUUUGGCAGCUACUAACCGCCCAGAUAGGAUAGACAAGGCUUUGAUGCGACCUGGAAGAAUUGAUAGAAUCAUCUAUGUACCUUUACCGGAUGCAGCAACAAGAAGGGAAAUAUUUAAGCUGCAGUUUCACUCCAUGCCUGUCAGUAAUGAAGUUGACCUGGAUGAACUCAUCCUUCAAACUGAUGCAUACUCAGGAGCAGAGCAUUUUAUGAUCUACAUGCUAAGUGAAGAAAUUUGGGAAAAGCCAAGACCCAUCAUGGCCACCUAGAACAAUGUAAGUUUAGCCAAAUCAUUUAUCAUGUCUAGAACUCACUUUCAUCUUUUAAUAAGGGGAUAGGAAAAUGGUCUUUUUAUAAUCCUUUCAAGUGUUAAAAAUCUGUGUGGUUAUAUACCUGUCAUAAAUUAAAUUAAUUAUAUAAGGAAUCCCUUAGGAAUUGGACCUCCAGAGAUAUGUAGUAUGGUUACACUUCUCUUACAGUCUGUCCAGAAAGCUGGGAUCUUGGGAUCUUAGUCAAUGCCUCUAAAUAUUUUCUUCUGUGGCCAAAAGAUAUUAAUUAUGGCACCAGAAGAAUGGGGACCUUAAAUGACUCUGACAGUACAUAGAACUUGGAUUUUAAUAAAAUUCUCCUUAGCAAACUUUAAUAGUUUUCCACUGAGUAGAAAUGAACAUUUCACAUGCUCAGAGAGUUGAAGGCCUAGUGAUUUUUUACCCUGACAUCUUUGGUUGUUCUGCUUUUCACCUUCCUUAAGAACAGCUAGUCAAGUUCACUAUCUAUGAUUUUGGAGAUACUUGGAUAAAAAGGGUUAUAGAAUGGAAAUAUGCAGCAGCCAGCUUUUUCCUUAAACUCUUUGUUGGGAACGUAAGUGAAGGUUACAGAAUUACAGUGUUGUUCAUUUUAACUUACAAUUUUUAAAACUUCAGUGUAUGGAGAUACAAUUUACUUACAGUGUAUGGAGAUUCUCUGUAUUUCCAAACUUCACCUUCUGCUUAAAUUGGCAACAAAAGUACAUUCAGCUUACCUGAAGGCUAUUUUAGAUAGGAUGUUUACACCAAAGCUAAUCAUACUCCAGAACACCUUGUGCUGCCAUACCUGUAUUGCUGACUCUAUGCCAGGUAUUUAAAACUGCUGUGAGUUUACAAGAAGUAUUAGUCAGAAAGGAAGUGGAUAUUGAAUGAGAGGCUGGUUAGCAACAAACUUAAUAUACCAUUUUACACCCAAACAUGGAAGUCUUUUUAUAGGGAAGAAGUAUAUCCAGUGAACAAGUUAGUCAGGACCUACCAGAUAAUCUAGUCCCCAAGGCUGAUAUCCAGAGUAGAUCUGUAUCUAUGGAGAAUUACUCAAGCCAAUGAUAAUGCCGAUUUGAGCAUUUUAACAUUCCACCUUAUUUCUACUCUUCCAAAUUCUCAGUCUAUUUCCUCAUUCUGUUUCUCCAAAAUUUUAUAUAAACCAUUAGAUCUUCAGAAGAGUGAUAAAAUGGAGAUGGGGGGAAGGUUCUGUUAACCUGAGAGGAGCUUAUGAUUUUAAAAAAGAGAUGUGCAAAGCAUGCUAUUAACUCUGCAGCAUAGAUUCUGGUAGUGACAGUUAUUUUUGUUUGGUUAUUUGAAGUGAUGGAAGGCUGAUUUCUAAUAAUAACCUAAUUGAUCUAUAUAUGAAAAGAUACACAUGUAAAAACUGUUUCUUCUUUUAAGAACUUUUUAAAAACUAUAUGAAAUUGAAUUAUGGUUAAGCACCCUGAGUUAUGGAAUGAGAAAGCUGUGAAUCCAAAUGCCAAGUCUUCCAUUUCCUAGGUAUGUGACCUUUUAAUUCAUAUGUAAAUAAGGCUAAGAGAGGUCCUUAACUUCAUAGUUGUCCAGAUUAGAUGACAUAAUUUAUAUAAGGUGCUUAUCCUAGUAAGCACAUAACAGGUGCUCAGUAAAUCAAUUUUGUUAUAAUCAGCAAAUUUAAUUUGAUAUGUAGUAUUAAAAAAUUUACAAUUUGCCUAAUUUUUUCACAUUGUGUUGCCAUAGAUUUUAUGAAUACUCAUAAUAAAUGUUUCAUUUAUAUAUCUUGUUUUCAGUUUUAAUGGUGUGUUCUUUAAGCUAUAUUUAAUAGUUUACAUGCAGCAUUUAUUUCACCUGAUUUAUAUUUAUAAACAUCUGUAAUCCUAUUUUUAUUUUUUUCUUAUUAAAGAUGUAUACUGUUUUUUACUUUUCAAAUGUGUAAAGCUAAUGUUUUACACUUUCAAAUGUGUAAAGCUAAUGUUUUUUAUAAACUGCCUGCAUAAUGUCCCUAUUUCGGCAUAUUCUUUAGUUAAUUGCUAGUUUCUCGCCUAUAGCUUCUUCCUUUUUUUACAUGUCUUGUUAAUUGAAAAGAAAAAAAACAGUAAACCAACUUUAGAAAGUUCAGGGUUUCUGUUUCCACUAGAAUAAUUGUUUAGGAAAUAAGCAUACCUCAUUAUUUUGCUCUUUUUUUGAAGUUAGGAUCGGACCCCAGUGUUUGGGUAAUAAGGCUGAGAAGUCUAAUGCUGAGGAUAGUAUCACCACAUAUCUGUUAUUCAGUGUAUGAAACACACAGUUGACAUGUUCUCAUUCUUCAUCCCCAAAUGACCAUAAUUCUGAGCUCUGAAAGAAGUCAUUCUGUUAGAAUGUUAUUAAACUUUAUAAAAUGGUUGUUCAGAGCUGUAGUGCAGUGGUUACACUGUUCUUAAAGAAACCCUCCACUAGGUUUUAGAAACUGAAAAACAGAAAUUAACCAUGCCUUAGACUGACUAGAAAGAAAAGUAGAAAGAAUUUAGAUUCAUAGGGUUUUCUCUUUUUAUUUUGUUUGUGUUUCCAAUUUCCAAAGAUUAUUUCUGAUGUUCUUUAAUAAUAGCUCACUCCCUAUUUACUAUUAAAUUCUGGAAAAUGGGUUUUGCUUUUAUAUUUGCAGCAAAGUUUCCCUGUUUAGGAGCAAAGGAACUUUUGGUAUAGUAAACAUGCUACUUUACCAUUGUGGAAGUUCCACAUCAUAAAUUAGAUAUUUUCCCUUUUUCUUCAAAAUUAAAAAUAAGUCACACUACUUUUGGCACUUGGACAGGACAGUCUUUCAGUGACAGCAAAAUUAGCCUUUUGGCAUAUUUUUAUUCACUUUGAAAGAAUCCUUAAGGAGUGGUUUUAUGUUUGAAAGCAAGAAUUGUAUUUACUUUGCCUCAGGUAAAUUUAUUGCCUGAAUAUGUAAAAAAAUGUAAGUCAAACACUCUUAGAUAAAAACAAAUUAGUAUCAAAAGAUUUCAUUACAAUAACUUUUCUAUAUUUUAUGACAUAAAAUAGUAUAUAAUUAAGUUCUGUAUUAUUUUGAACUUUUAUUUUUGCUACUACAGUAGUGAUACAUCUUGAGGAACUCCAAGGGGCCUAACAUAAGUUUACACAGGUAUUUGAAGAAUCAGUUGACUCACUGUCUGAACUGAAUAAUGUCUGUAAAGCUAUGUUUAAAUAUAUCCCUAUAUUGAAACUAAUCAUGGCUUAUAAGCUAAUCACCCAUGAAAAGUGUAUAUUUUCUUUUUAAUAGCCAGUAUAUUAGACAAUCAAUAUAUAAUUUAUAUUUAUAUUCAUAGACACACACAGUUUCCAAUUGGUAUUUCAAUGCCUCUUUCCUAAAUAUGAGUUAAAAACUAAGGACCACUAAUAUUUGAAGAAAGCUAAAAAUAUAAAAGACAGUUUAAAACAAGCACAGGGAGAAGAGAGAUAAUUAGGGAGCAGAUGAAAAAAAAAAGAGACAAGAAUAUUACGACCACAAAACAGGCACCAGAAGCUCUAAAACAGAAGGCUCAAUUGUUCCUUAAUUGAAAGUGUGAAACAUUCAGGUAGAAAUAAAAAACAAAUAGAAGAAUUGGAU